GAGCUGAGUGCCAUGGGAAAUACUUCCCAAACGCUUUCCCCCGUGGAUGGGAGCUGCAGCACUGCCUUUGCAGAGGAUCCUGAGGGAGCCAUCCUGGGAUGGCAGGCUCGAGGCUGGUGUUGUCACUGCUGGUGGCAGCUCUCCUGUUGAAUGUGGCCACCACGCUGAAGGUCGGCGCCUUCAACAUCAAAGCGUUUGGGGACACCAAGAUGUCCAACCAGACCAUCGCAAAUAUCAUCGUGUCUACCAGACCAGGCAACCAUGGGUGCUCCCCAGAGCAGCUCCUGGCCAGGGGAGAGCAGCUCUGAGCUUGUCCCCCCAGAUCCUGUCAGAGUACGACAUCAUUCUGGUUCAGGAGGUCCGGGAUGCCGACCUGAGUGCUGUGAAUGACCUCAUGGACCAGCUCAACAGUUCUGGGAGGCACCCAUACAACUUUUUGGUCAGCAUCCCCCUGGGUCGGACCAGCUACAAGGAGCAGUACCUCUUCAUCUACAGGUCAGACAUGGUCUCCGUGCUGGAUAGCUACUAUUACGAUGAUGGCUGCGAGUCCUGUGGGACCGAUACCUUCAGCAGGGAGCCCUUCAUUGUGAAGUUCUCCUCACCCACCACACAGGUACAGGAGUUUGUGUUGGUGCCUCUGCAUUCCGAGCCCAGCCACGCAGCACAGGAGAUUGAUGCACUCUACGAUGUCUACACCGAUGUCAUCGACAAGUGGGGGACUAAAGAUAUAAUCUUCCUGGGUGAUUUCAAUGCUGACUGUUCCUACGUGACCAGCUCCCAGUGGCCGUCCAUCCGCCUGCGUUCCCUCCACGCCUGCGAGUGGCUCAUCCCCGACAGCGCCGACACCACCGUGGCUGACACCACCGACUGUGCCUACGACCGCAUCGUCGCCUGCGGCACUGCCCUGCGCCAAGACAUUGAACCUGGCUCCGCCACCGUCAACAACUUUGACAAGAAAUUCCACCUCCAGAUCAAGGAUGCUUUGGCUGUCAGCGACCAUUUCCCAGUGGAGGUGACCCUGAAAGCUCGCUGAGCCUGUCCCCACACCAAUGGCUACCAGGACACCUCAGCACACACCUGCAUCCCUCGUGGGAGCCCACGCACCAGUGGUGCCAGCCAGGCUGCCCACUGUCUCUGCAAGGAGUCCUUGAGCUCUUGUGGAAGUGUAAUGCUUUCUGCUUCCAUUAAAAAUGAGCCUUUUCC